AGUCGCGCUCGCGCUCAUCUUGCAGACGGCGCGCGCUCUCUCCUGCGAUUCUUAUCCCGGCCGCGCGAGCACACCGCGGCGAGAGCACGUGGCCUCUCCGUUCGGCGGGUGCCGGCGUCGAGUGUUGUUAUCACGUGGACGUUCCCGCACGCACGUCAUGUAGCGGCCGCGCGCUCGUCUCCACAACUGACUUCCGUGUUUUACGAAAAACGCAAAGUGCAACUACUAACUUUUUAUACUACAAGUGCGUAUGUUAGUGACUGAUACACAUGUGAUACAUUGAAAAUCAUCACCGAGAGAAUGUUGUGAUUUUCUACAAAUAUCCACAACGAAUUUGUACUUUUACUCCGUCAAAAUGAAUCCGAGAUUGCUUGAUUUGCUCCUGUUGCUUCUCUUCUUCUUCGCAUUGUCUAACCGCCCGAGUCGCGCCGAGGACGAAGACGAAGAUGAGGAUGAUAGAUGGGGAAAAUUGCCGCCAUCGUUCGCCGUGCGCUCGCAGCUAGCAACACAAGAUGAGUAUGAUCUUUUGACGGCCGUAAAAAUCCCCUUCGAAGAUGCUCGUUAUCAAUACGUCGAGGAAGAAGGCUCUGAUGGUUUCGCCGGUUUCGGCUUCCGUGAUGGCUCUGACGUGAAAAUUCCAUACCGCGGCAUUCUUCCGGAAAAGCUGCCCGCUGAGUUCUCGAUACUGAUGAGUGUGCGCCCACUCUCCACACGUCCUGGAUAUCUUUUCGCUGUUGUCAAUUCUCAUGAGAACAUGGUGCAACUUGGCGUCAAGCUUGCAACCCAUCGUUCUCAUUCAACGAAAACGAUUAUUUCGUUGAUUUACACUGAUCCCUCGCAGUUGAACAGUGAUACGAUUGCUUACUUUACUGUUGAUCGUUUUGUCAACGUCUGGACAAAGUUUGCAUUCAAAGUCACCACUGAUAAUGUGACGCUGUUCUUUAACUGCGAGGAAUUUGACACUAUGGAUGUUAAGCGGAAUCCUUUGGAAUUGACGUUUGAAUCUGCAAGUACACUUUACAUCGCUAAGGCUGGGUCAAAAAUAGAUGAAAAUUACGAGGGCGCUAUGGAUCAGCUGAAAAUUUAUGACAAUCCAAACAUGGCGGAUACUCAAUGUGACACCACUUUCAAGGGAUUUAACGACAAAGACCUUUUUCCCGAUUCGAAUUCACUAAACGAUAUAGACGUCGUGCGAGGGGACGAAGUCAUCGCGCCGGAGGGCAGCGGUAGCGACGGACUGCUUGCUUUUCCGCCGCCACCGCCGCCGCCCAACGGUAAGCACUGCAAAUGUUUAACGGAAAAUUGCUGUAAUAAAGUACUUGAUGAUGAUCCGGCCGCUGCUCUCGAAGGACCUGCGCUGCAUCGCGGACCGAAAGGCGAUGUUGGACCGAGGGGCCCGCCGGGCGAGCCUAUCCGAGGACCACCCGGUCCACCGGGACCGCCAGGAUUACCGGGCAUUCCGGGGGAGUCGUUGGGCGGCACGGGAGGAACGUGUGCGUGCAACGUGACGAGUCUGAUGAAUUCAUUCCUCAUGCCAAAGAUGCUCCCGGGACCACCAGGUAUACCGGGUACGGAAGGAAAACAAGGUCCUCCUGGAAUGACUGGGCAGCCUGGAAUGCCUGGCGAGAGAGGUGCAGAAGGGCCUCCUGGUGAGAAAGGUGAUCGAGGAGAGAAGGGCCCUGUUGGCUCAGAAGGACUGCAAGGACAAAAGGGCGAAAGUGGAAGAGAUGGCAUCCCUGGACAAGUUGGACCUCCUGGUCCACCAGGACCACCGGGUCCAGUAGAGUUCGAAAAUCUAGAUCCAAGUUGGAAACCAAGGACCUCAUUCAAGGACGCAGUGCUUGGAGCUGGUGCCAUACGACCGGGCAGUCCUGGUCUUAAAGGGGAACCUGGUUUGCCAGGCGCUGCUGGUCAGCGCGGCGAACGUGGAUUGCAAGGAUCCAAAGGAACUCGCGGCGAAGCGGGUGGUAAAGGUGAUCGUGGUGAUAGAGGUUUCCCCGGCGAACGGGGACCUCAAGGUUCUAAAGGUGAACCAGGUAGUCCUGGUUUAGAUGGGCUACCUGGUACUCCAGGUGCUAAUGGAAAGAACGCUGAGAAGGGUGAAAAGGGUGCGCUUGGGCCGGCAGGACCACCAGGUCCACCCGGCUUGCCAUUUGAAUAUGGUGAUAAUAAAGAGUAUGCGGGAACUGUUAUUGGUCAGGUAGGACCAAAAGGUGAGAUCGGUGAUCGAGGGUCUAAGGGUGAACGAGGCGAGGCGGGCGAAGCAGGUAUACCAGGUGUGCCAGGAAUGAACGGGGCAUCAGGACAACCUGGCGAGAAAGGUGAACCGGGUAACAAUGGACCUAUUGGUCCAAUUGGACCGCCAGGAAUGAGGGGUGAGAGAGGUGAACGAGGACCGCCAGGACCUAUUCAUGUUGUGGAUUCGGAUGCUGCCAUUCUCACGGUUAAGGGAGAGAAAGGUGAUCUUGGAAAACGAGGACGCCGUGGAAAAGUCGGACCGCCUGGGCCUGCUGGACCACCUGGUAAGCCUGGAAAUGGUGGUGAUAUUGGUCUUCCUGGUUGGAUGAAUAAUCUGAAAGGUAGACCUGGCGUAGCAGGUAUUCCUGGCUCCCAAGGUGCCAAGGGUGAGAAAGGAGAUUCUGGGGAUGGACGGGGUCCUAAAGGUGAAAAAGGUGAUCCUGGCAUGGACGGAAUUCCCGGUCGUGACGGCAGAGACGGCACCCCUGGCCCGCCUGGUCUUUCUACUGGCGACGAGCGUUACAUUGCCGUUCCGGGUCCGCCCGGUCCUCCAGGGCCGCCGGGACCGCCCGGCAUAUCUCUAACUGGGCCGAAGGGAGAACCCGGCAUUUCCUCAUACGGAGGACCAACAUACAAUCUGCGACCAGGACCGGCACGCAGCAGCAGCUUAGACGAGCUGAAAGCGCUUCGGGAGCUUAAAGAAUUGAAAACAGGUCGUGCCACUGCGAGCCCGCUGAUAUUCGACCAGGAGCAGGAGCAGGCGACGCGCAUCGUCCCCGGUGCCGUUACCUUCCAGGACAAGGAGGCGAUGACCAAAAUGACGACCGCCAGUCCGGUCGGCACGUUGGCCUACGUUAUCAGUGAACAGGCACUGCUUGUCCGCGUGAAUAACGGCUGGCAAUACAUCGCAUUGGGCUCGCUGGUGGCGAUAUCGACGCCGGCCCCGUCGACGACGAGCAGCCCGCAAUUGCGCCCACCGUUCGAAGUCAGCAAUCUGAUCAAUCACAUUCCGAAACAAGCAGAUGUGCCUAAUUGGUAUCCUAAAAUGCUGCGAAUGGCCGCUCUCAACGAGCCGUACUCUGGCGACGUGCACGGUGUCCGUGGGGCUGAUUACGCCUGCUACAGGGAGUCUCGUCGAGAAGGACUUCGCACGACUUUCCGCGCAUUCCUCUCUUCGCGCGUUCAGAACGUUGAUUCGAUUGUGAGGCAACUGGACCGGAAGCUGCCGGUGGCGAACUUGCGCGGAGAGAUUCUUUUUAAUUCCUGGUCGGAGAUGUUCAAGGGUGACGGAGGACCAUUCCCGCACCCGCCGCGAAUCUUCUCUUUCAGCGGCAAGAACGUCCUCACAGAUAUGGCGUGGCCUCAUAAGGCCGUUUGGCAUGGCGCUCUAGUCAACGGCGAACGCGCGCUGGACACGUCUUGCGAUGCCUGGCAAACUGGCUCCAGGGACAAGGUCGGACUCGCUGGUUCCUUGCGAGGACCUCGCUUGCUUGAACAGACGCCGUACACUUGUGAUAAACGCCUCGUGCUGCUGUGUAUUGAAGCAACCAGCGAGCAGACUCCACAACGAAAGAAGCGAAGCAUCCACUCAGAAAACUUUAUUGAGGUGGACGACGAAUUGGAUGAAGACUUAAUGGACGCAGAUGAAUAUCAAGAGUUCUUAAGUGCCAUGUAAUAUGAAACGCGUAACUUUUUUACGAAACCUCUUCAGCAAGCCGUGCUUACUUUGUACAUAUUUAUUUUCGCUCGCCCCUUGCUUUCCUCUCGACUCGAAGAGAAGAACUCGAAACUUUUUGCGUUAAUCUGCGUACGCGAGAAUCAUUCCCAUGCGAGCACCGCAAAUUCGCAUCGUAUUACAUCGAGGCGAGCAUAAUUUAUUCCAUUUCCAAUAUUCGUUUAUUAAAAUCGCCUCGAGGUGCCCGCGCGCGAUAAAGAAAUAACUUUCGUAUCUAUUUUGCCUGGAUCUAAAUUGCGCUCUGGUCGCCACAGUCAUCUGGCAUGAAAAAGCGGAAAACCAAAUUGCUCACCAAGUCAAUAUUUAUAGCCUUUGUUUUCCGCCAUCUUGUUUUUUGCAUUUAUCGCUGCAUUUACCAUAAAAUAAAACUUAUCAACUUUACUGUCGUUCGAGUGUAAGUAUAUCCCAAUGAAGUAUGCUUGUAGUAUGAUUGAACUUUCAUCAUUUUUGUCUUCUGUCUUCGUUAUUAUUGUCAAAUGUAUUUGUACUUACAAUAUUAUAUGUCAACAUAAAUAAGCCAAAACAAUGUGCGCGUGAGUGUGUUGAAUGCUAGUGGUACCGUCCUCUUAAGAUAACUUUGUCGUCGUUCAAACGCGUUGCGAGUAUAUCAGUGCAAACGUGAUUUAAAUCCAUGACCGAAACAUAUCCGGCCAUGAUAUCAAAUUUAAAAACAAACGCAGAUUGUUGCAUUCUUUUACCGAAACACCGAUAAUUAUAUAUUUGUUUUGUAAAUGUAUAUUAUACUAGUUACUUAACAACUAACCAUAAAUCGAUGUUCGCUAUUCAAAGGCUAUUCAAAGCUGCCCUAAUUCCAUCAGGAUCACCACCCAUUGUCUAUGAAGCUCUAUAAAAUAACAAGAUGUAUCCCAUUUCUAACCCUUUGUCAUGUGCAUGUGCUUAACAAAAAACGAAAAUGGAAACAUUUGCAAACCAUUGUAGUAGCGUGUAAGAUAACCAAGUAGCUGUUUCCGUUGAAGACUAUUUGUUAUUUAUGUUUAAUAAAAAUACCAUGUAAGUACA